CCGGGCGCAGCCAACCCGGGGGGCUCGUCCAUUUUUCGGUGUGAGUCAGGCACGUCGGUGGGGUGAUGCUACGGCGCUGGGAAGGGGCCGGGAGAGGCGCGGCGGCAGCGGGGAGCGGCCCGUGCACCCGGGCUCGUCCUCCCAGCCGUGCCGGCGCCGCCGCUGAGGGGAGCGCUGCUUCCUCCUUCCCCUCCCUCGCCAAGGCCGGCCCCGUGGCCGGGGGCGCUGGGCCUGCCCCGGCCCCCCCGCGCCGCGCUCGCUAACGGAGCGGACACCCGCCCCCGCCGACCGAGGCUGCUGCUUGUGCAUCGCAAGGAAAAGUCAAAAACCAGCCUUGCCCCGAGCUGAGCUGAUUACUUCACCUGGAGCUCAGGAAGGAAGGGGACCACAGAGAGGCUGUCCUUGCGUUUCAUGUUUCGUCAGCCCGACAGCAUUUUGUCUUUGAGUCCACCGUGCUGCUAGCCGUUCCUGGACAGUGACAGGGAGGAGAAGAGGCACCGUCCCGCCAUGUCUCGGUACAGCCUCCAUAAUCUCCUAGACUGGAUGUACGGGGGUGUGGACCCCAGCUUUGCUGGCAACGGCGGGCCGGAGUGCGCGGCCUUUCUCUCCGGGCAGCAGCGCUUUCUGGAGAGUUUGGUCUUCCUCAGCGUGGGCAUCGUGGAGAUCCUCGUGUCCCUGUGGAAGCUCCGGCAGCUGCAUGUCAGGGAGCUGGAGACUCAUCUGCUGCAGCAGCCUCAGACUAAGCAGGAGAGCUUGGGCAAGAAUGUACUGCUGGUGGUGCUCUGUCUCGUCUUUGGGCUGGAGGUGGGGUUCAAGUUUGCCACCAGGACUGUCAUUUACCUCCUGAACCCCUGCCAUGUGGUCACCAUGAUGCAAAUUUUCCUUCUUGCCUGUCCUCCGUGUCGGAGUGCGAUGAUUCUCUUCAGGUUGCAGAUGCACAUGCUGAAUGGGGCCCUCUUGGCAUUGCUGUUUCCCGUUGUUAACACACGCCUGCUUCCAUUUGAAAUGGAAAUUUAUUACAUCCAGCACGUGAUGCUUUAUGUUGUGCCCAUCUAUCUGCUGGGGAAAGGAGCAACAUUGUUAAUACUGUGUUCCAAUCACUUGUACCACAAUCGUUGGGUAUCUACACUCCAGAACCACUCUGCAAUUUCUGGUGGGCUCUUUUAUCCACGGGGUUUAUGUUUGUGUAUCAUUUUAGCAUCUUGCAGAUUCUGGGAUUGGCUACAGAAGUGAAUUUGAACAACAUGCUGUGUCCUGCCAUCUCAGAUCCUUUUUACGGGCCCUGGUAUCGAAUCUGGGCGUCCGGACACCAGACUGUCAUGACCAUGGCUCACGGGAAGCUGGUAAUCCUGCUGUACUACAGCGCUGUCCCCGCUUUUAGAUGUACCCUGGACUUGCUUAGACUCCCGCCUAAGAAAAUAGACUGAAAUGUCUCCCUGCAGAGCGGUACGUACAGGAACCCAAGAUACUUCUACUGGAAAACAAAGAGGAGGGCUGAGAGGACAAUGCAUUUAUACUUCUCCCCACAGUUUAUUGCCUCAACAACACCUCUGUAAUCAAGUGAGGGUUUUUUUAACUGCUGUUUCUCACUGCCUAUUGCCAGUGGCAAAAUUAGUGGCCUUAUUCUGCAAAAGGUUCAUGUUUUAUACAUUUUGUGUAGAUUACAGUAGAAUCUUGCUAAGCCACUGUUUAAAGUUAGGCCAGGAUCUGUCCACAUUCCAGCAAAGAGUGUGAUGGUGCUACCUUGUUUUGACUUAUUUUCCAUUAAAUAUAAGUACACGUAGAUCAUAGGACAGGAAAUAAAGCUGAAUUACAGCUCUCCACUGCUGUGAACAGAGCACACGUUGAAGUGCAUCGUCCUGGCACAACUCCUAGCACUUGAAUGUUGCAAAAUGGUCUCAGUGAAACGCUGUACACUGAGACUCCCAGCCCUAAGUGCAAAAUACUGAGGUUCUACUGUAUUUUCUUUAAGCUGGUUGAAAAUGUUGGGGAACAAUAACUCCUUAAAAAUUUUUUAAUCAACUGCUUAAUUUCUAAGCUGCUGUGGAUAAAUAUCUAUCUGGCCAAGUCCCAUCAGAUUGUGAUGCUUUGGAGAUGCUUAUAUUCAAGUGAGUGGAAAAACACCACGUUGAAACAAUUUCAGAAGCAUAAGCUACGACAAGAUAUUUCAUCCACUGUUCUGACUUUGAACAGAAUGUUGUUUUCACUUCACUUAGACUGGAGAGGGAGUGGAGAUACAAAGUCCAAUGUGUAGACAUCAGUUUUCUUCUUUACUUACUAGAGUUUGAAACAUUCCUCCUCUGUUCUAGACUGGUUGUCACUCAGGAGAGUGGUUAGUGAAGAAACAAAAUGAACCCGUGUUCUCCUUCUACAGCUCUAAUACAUUCUGUGCACUGAUUUUAAAUACAGAUAGAAAAUGGAAUGUCGAAUCAGUGCAGGCCUCUCCUGAAAAUGGAGUGUUCCAGUUUCCUUGUAUGACUAAAUCUGUCAACGUGUCUUUUGGAGAAGAGGGUGCAGAUAGGCAGAAUAAUAACAAGUAAACUGUGCGAACCGGUGCAAAUGUUCCAAGGCUGGAGGAGAAACUGUUGGGCAGAACAAUGGGAAAUCUCGGGCGUCUUCCUCCAGAUAGUUAAUGGUGAGUCUGUUUUGCAGACUGUUGUGUUUCAGGGCUGCGGGAAUUUUAUUGUACAGAAGUUGAUUGCAAUUUAUAGAUUCAUUGUGUUGUCAAAGCUGUGACUUGUAACAUAAAACCAUCAUACCUCCUCCAGCUGGGCCACCUGCAGAUGUAUCCUCAAGUUAAGGUACAGUCAUUUAUACCUCAAGAAGCAAAAUGUAAGAAUGAGAUGGGGUUGGCUUCUUUUUUUUCCUUUAAAUAUAGAUGUUUUAAUUGGUUUGGGAUCAAAUGGCUACUUCAAAUAUCUUUACUCCACCUCAAUCAGAAAUGUACUGUCCCAGGCUCUAAUUUACAACUGGUUUCUGGCUUUCUUCCAGGCCUUGCUGUGUAUAGAUAUACAGAAUAAAUAUACUGUACUCUCACAACUUGAGGACGUGCAGCAUAUACCUAAACCAUCCAUCAAACAUGUAUAGCUAGUCUUAGUUAGACAGACUAUACAGCUCCUUGUGGUUUUAAUCAGAGUUCUUGAGAGAGCGCUAAGGACCAGUUGCUGAUCCUGCAACUGUCCGAGUACAUGAUGAAUUCCAUCAAGUGGUCUCGCUGCUGCUCAGUAAAGCUGGGCUUGUGUUGAUGGAGUCGGGCCUAAAGAAAGUCUUGAAGGCCUGAGCCAGCCUGUGGAAGACACUUAAUUAGCUGCUGAACUGAUGGAAGUUCUUGCUCUUUAUUUCAGCAGAUUCAAUAUUUUAUGGUGAAAUAGAGGAUGUUGCUGGGAGAUGCUGAGGUGCAGAGCGCUGGAUGCUAAAAGCAUGGCCCCCAUUAAUAGACUUCAUCUGCUAUGAGUAGCUGAAUGAAACACGCCCAUGGUCACCGUCAAGUGUAUCAUGGUUGGUUUAUUUUCUUAAGAACUUGGCAACAUGCCUUAUCUUGGAUUCAGUCCUGUUUAGAAGGAAUGUUUGGUAUUACAAUAGAAUGAUUUUAGCCAAAUUUCCAAAUGUUAUUUAGAAUUAUUAUUUGCGUAACUUUACUUAUCCGUGUUUUUUUUUUAAUUACUAUUUUAAAAAAUAAUUAUUUUUUCUUCCGAAUAUCACAGCUACAGGAAAAAUUUCUGAGUUAUGUGAAAGUAGCAGCUCUUUUUUUGUUUGUUUUCAAACUACAUUUCCUGUAUCUAUAGUCAUAUGCAUCAGGGCAUUCUCAGCCAGUACAAACCAGCUGCUAAUUGCCCUCAUUGGCUGCCUCUGGUCAAUUAAGACUGCAGAAGCAUUUAAAUAAGCUCAGGUGUCUCACUCACAGCAGACUGUUUGCUUGGAAUGCACGGUUUGUGAGCUCUUCUGACUGACUUAAGCUCAGGGGAUGUUAAAUACAGCCAACACGAGGGGUGUUGAGCAGGUUGUGGAGCUUGUUGAACUCUUCCAUACCAGUUCAAGUUGCUAAACUGGCUAACGGAACAAGGUAGAAGGGGAAACCAACUAUUGCACUCAAUGGACUUUGGAAGCGUUGGGGCUGCUGUAAGAGAUGGAAAACUGUUGCUUCUUUGCUUGUUGUAUGAUAUUGACAAAGCUGGUGGAGAGUAGAAUCAUUUAGGUUGGAAAAGACCCUCAAGAUGAUUGAGUCCAACCAUUAACCUAACACUGCUAAGUCCAGCACUAAACCAUGUCCCUGAGAACCUCAUCAACGUGUCUUUUAACCCCUCCAGGGAUGGUGACUUCACCACUGCCCUGAGCAGCCUGUUCCAAUGCCUGAUAGCCCUUUCUGGAAAGAAAUUUACCCCAAUAUCCAGUCUAAACCUCCUCUGCUGCAACUGAGGCCAUUUUGUCUUAUCCUGGCGCUUGUUCCUGGGGAGCAGAGCCCGCUCCCCCUGGCUCCAAGCUCCUUUCAGGCAGUUCAGAGAUCAGAAGGUCUCCCCUCAGCUCCUGUUCUCCAGCUGAACCCCCAGGUCCCUCAGCCGCUCCAUCACACUUGUGCUCCAGCCCCUCGCCAGCUCUGUUGCUCUUCGGAUGUAAUCCAGCACCUCCAUGUCUUUCUUGUAGUGAGGGGCCCCAAAGUUAAAUUAUUCCCUCCCCUCACCCCUUUAUGAAGGCUUUUUAAACUCGGUGUUUCAUUUUGGUUUAUGGUAUGGUGCCACAAGAAACGGCAUCAGCAUAGCUUGAGACACAAGCUUCGCAGAAGGCACAGAACAGGUGGGAAUGGGAGCAGAAAGGGAGCAAACUUCAGAGGCUCAUGUCCUGGAACGUCACGUCCUCUGUUCCUCACAUGUCUCUGGUGUCUGUUUGGAAUAUACAUCAGACAGAGCUUGUUCAGUGUACAGGACACUGUUUGAAGGGGAAAGCAGCACGCUUCAUCUCCAUACAGGUUAGUUAUUCUCCUCCCUGGCAGAGCCUGAUUUCCUUUUCCCUGAAUGGUUUAUUUUAUAGGCAGUGAUGCUCUAGAGAUGAUUUCUUUGGUUGCUUUUAUGCUUAUUUAUGCUGGAAAUUAAAGAGCAAACCUGUAGUGCUGUUGAAGGCCGACUGCCGUUCUCUCCUGUGGCAUCAUGCACACAGUCCUCGGCAAGAGAACUCGGAGCUGUCCCACAGGACCCGGUGACGGGAUUUUUGCAUUGCUGCAGCGCAAGGUGCAAUUGCAGGGGGAGUGCAGGUUCUCUUUGGUCAAAUGACCCUAAAUCUUUUGCCACAGCACUAAGAGAUGUGAGAACGUGAGCAGCAGCUCUGGGGCAGCGCGGGAGGUGCCUGGACAGGCUGUUGUGGCAGCAGCAGCCGAGUGUCCCUCACACCUGGGUGACCACAGCGGGUCGGGCACAACACCAGAGAAAAUCCUGAUGCAGCGCCGCUGCACAGGGAGGGUGGGAUGUGUUAAGGUGUCUGCGCCCUCUACUCUCCUGAUUUUUAGCACUGCAGGCACUUCAAACAAAAGAAACAAGGAGCGAUGCGAUUGAUGACUCUGCCAGUGAGCGGCUGUUUAAAUUUGCCUCCAUUUGUACACAGAAACAAAGCAUUAGCACCUACACUAAACUUGUUUGUGGAUGCAGCCUUAGGGUAAGCAGUCCUCCAAAGCAGAAGAUGAGCUGGUGCAAUUCUGCACCACAGAAACAUCUGGCGAUGCAGCCUGUGAGCACGGAGGUGGUUGUGCCGAGGCUCCGGCUGUCCGGGUCCACGCCGGGCUGCUUUCAAGCAUUCAGACCCUGCGCGCUGCUUUGGGCUGUAUCUUUUUAACUUCCUCCUAUUUAAGCACCAAAGAAUUUGCGUCUUGUUUCUUUUGAAGUGUGAAAAAUAGCAGCUCUUGACCACGCUUGUGUAAAUCACUGAGAUGGCACAGCCUAUGAACACGGUGUGGUGUGGUGUGGGCUCCACUGCUUGGGAGCGCACCCGCCCGUGCUGCAGACGCUGCCUUGCUGAAGUGCGAGAGGGGAGAAGUCAGGUUCUAGAGUACCUCACUGUAGCUUUAUCCAUCUGUUUCUGGCCACAAUCAGGGUUUUGAUAUAUCUGUAUAUUUGAUAAUGUCUUGUAAAGUCCAAUUCUAUUUUCCUUUCAGAAAUAACUGUUUGCAAACCAUUAAAUUACUGUACUUUGCUUUUACGUCCUAUGUCUUGCACCUAAACCACAGGCAUUUGUUUCCUAUACUAAUGGAAAAAUGGAAAUGUACUGUUUUUCUCACUGUUGCAAUUUUUUUCACUGGAGGUGGAUUCUCAGGCAUUGAAUCAGUCCUAAUAGUUAACAGAGCGCUGGAAAGGCCAGAGCCGAGGAAGCGAGUGUAUGUCAGCCCUUCUGUUAGGAGGCAAAAGGUUUCUACACACAGACAGGUCAGCUUUUGAUGUUUUCAUUUUUACAGUAACAAGACUCAUAACAAAUCUGUUGGUUUCUGUGGUCUCGUACGUAAAGUGCUAUUGCCGUAAAUCUGUCUUGCAGCUUUUAGUGUAACUUAGUCAAAGCCAAGCUGGUUUUUCUUUUUUUUUAAAUGGUUUUAUUUUUAAUUCAGGGUCAAUUUUGUACUUUUUAAAAGUGGUUUCUGCAUUCAGCGAGUCACGAUCCCAACGCUGCAGAGGACGCGGCGGGCAGAGCACCCCGGCCCCAUCCAGGCUGUGCCAGGACCCGAGCUCUGCGGUUCAACCCGCGCUCUCCGGGCACACACGGGGCGGACGGGAGAGGCUCCGCUGCCACGUGCUGCUCCUUCUGAAUCAUUUCUAAGAAUGGUAUCAAUUUUGUAAACUUUAUAAUGUGCUAAAAUUUGGUUAUGAGGUAACAUUUACAGAUGGGGGUAAUUUGUGUACUUGGUUGGGGUUUUUUUUGUUUCAUAUUUUGGUCUGAUGGGGUUUUUUGUCGUUGUGCCCUAAGUCCAGAUCACUGGGCGAAUAGUUGUUAAACCUUUGAAUUAAAACAAAUAAAUGCGUUUUAACCGAUAA